UCUCCAAGCCAUCAUCCGGGUCACGCGGUGUUCGGCAGAAACCUUCAUCCACGACUUCGUCUCACUCGCCAAAUCGCCCAUCAUCUUUUCGAACGCCGGUCCACGCUUCGUCUUUCUCUCUCUUUCUCGAGACUUAUCCCGGUGUUCAUCAGAGCGGAGUAGUAAAAUCGUUUGUCACUUUGUAUAUUUUUGGAUUAAUUAUUUUUACGUUCGCUCUUCGUAACAGCAUGCUGAGGUGACUGUUGAUUUGAAACUUUCUAAAAAAGUAACCGUACGUGUGAGCAGAAGACAGACUUUUUAUCUUGCAUGUAGUAUUGGGUAUUUUCAAAUACAAGCAGAGCAAGAAUGAAAACUAUAACAUUACCUUCGUUCAUAGCUGCCUUUCUCAUGAUAUGUUAUGGUAAUGUACUACCAGGCGUCGGAGUUCAAAGCAGCCAAUCGCAGCAUCUACCGCAGCCGAAACCUGCUCAGAAUAGGGACGCAGUUCCUCUGCAUCUUUCGGUUAUUCCUCCGCAUCAGUCAGGUUAUAUUAUUCUUCCCAAAGCUAGUUUUGUUAUUCCAAAAAAUAAUCAACCCCAUCUGGCUGCCGCUUCAAAUAGGAAACCUGAAAGAAGACCUCCUAAUGCUCCACCAGGACCACCGCCGGGACUAGGCAACGUCAGAAAUUCAAACAAUAGGCAAAGAAGGCCACCUCAACAGAAUAAGAAAACUAAUCCUGUCUUUAAUAAUGCCCCACAUCAGCCAUCAGCUAGCCAGCAUAUACAGCAUGUCCUGACUAAUGGACCAUUCCCUGGAAGACCAAACAUUAAUCUCCAGUUUCACGAUGCAACCCUUCCUCAGAAUAUUAAACUUGAUCAAGCAGGACCCAACAGACCUCCUGUAUUACCAAAUUUUCAGACACACCCCCCUCUUGUAAAUCCGAGCAUCAAACAUAAUGAUUUCUUGCUCAAUGGGUUGCCCCCACGAAAGAUCAACAAACACAAAAACCGACCAAAAAACGGACCACAUUCUCUAACAAUCCAUGGCCUGGAAACCGGUCAUAUCAUCACAAGCGAUUCAACCGAGGAACUGAAACUAAAUUCUCCGAUAUUGCCCCAGACCGGGAAUGGUGAAGCAUUUGAUCUGUCUCACUUUUUAUCUACUGCUCUUCAGGAUAAUAAUAUUCUGGAACAACCUCAUGCAGAAUCUCACGGCCCGUCAGAAUCGCACGUCUCUUCAGAAAAUGAAAAGCCUCCCCAUGAUCUACAUGAAGAGAAGGCUCUAUCCUCCAAUCAUGGCUCUUAUUCAGAUGCUCAGUCCCAUGUAACUAAGAUCCAUGCAGAGCCUCUGAAGCAGCAGGAAUCUGAAAAUAACUAUCACAUUCCUUUCCCAGACUUUGCUGAACCAGAACCUGGACCUCCUCUUCAACCAUCCAAUUUCCAACCAGGUUUGUCAAAUAACCGAAUUUUAACUCCUCAGGAAUCAAAGCAAAGUCAAGCAUCAGCCAAAGCCAAAAAUUCUGACACAUUUGAUCAUAUUCAAGAAGAAAGUGUACCUGUUUCUCUUUAUGGACAAGUCCUUCCUCCAAAUGAUGCAACGUACAAUUCCGAAAUAAAUAAUUUUCCAGGUAUCCAUGAUGUACAUGAUGGCCCCGAAGAGGAAAGGUGGCCUCCUUUAGCUAUGCCUGAAAUGCCAAAAAUUAUACAUUUGGAUGUGAAAUGUGAGAAGAAUUUGAUGAGGAUCUCCAUCGAUUUCGACAAACCUUUUCAUGGCAUUAUAUACAGCAAAGGACAUUACAGUUAUGGUCGAUGCGUGCAUCUUCCAGCUGGCUCUGGUCAUAACAGCGUUCAGUUCGAUAUAUCGAUUAAUAGUUGUGGUAUGCAAGGAAGUUCUCCGACAGGUCACUACGGUCCUACCGAAACUGGUUCAUAUUUCGAGAAUACAGUAGUUGUGCAGUAUGACCCUCUCGUGCAAGAAGUGUGGGAUCAAGCGAGGAAGCUGCGCUGCAACUGGCAUGACCAAUACGAGAAAACUGUUACAUUUAGGCCAUUCAACGUCGAUAUGCUUCAAGUUGUGAGGGCAGAUUUUGCGGGUGACAAUGUUGGUUGCUGGAUGCAGAUACAAGUUGGUAAAGGGCCUUGGGCCAGCGAAGUUAGUGGAAUUGUAAGAAUCGGGCAAACUAUGACUUUAGUUUUAGCUAUAAAAGACGAUGAAAGCAAAUUCGAUAUGAUGGUACGCAACUGUAUUGCACACGAUGGCAACAGAGCUCCUAUAGAGCUUGUAGACUCCUCUGGCUGUAUCACGAGACCCAAGUUAAUGAGCCGCUUCACAAAAGUGAAAAAUUUCGGUUCUUCAGCUUCAGUGUUGUCUUUUGCACAUUUCCAGGCUUUCAAAUUUCCCGAUUCCACAGAAGUGCAUAUUCAGUGCACCGUACAAAUAUGCCGACAUCAGUGUGAAGACCAGUGCACUGUACACAGGAGGAAAAGAGAAGCUGGGAAAGGAGAAGUCAGAGAAAUAGGGCUUAACGGCGUCCUACAAGUUGUAGCCAUGGAUGAUCUGACAUUCUCUCCUUUCAAAAACGAAACGGAUAACACGAAGAUUAUAACCGAAAAAAGCCGUGUUUGUAUGUCCUCUUCUGGAUUCGCAGCCUCGCUCAUUUUACUUCUGUCCAUCGUUAUAAUAUCUUGCUUAAUUGCUGCUUUCCUUUUCUUAAAGCAGAAAAAUGCUGCCAAAAUGCCACCCUUACCUUAUGACAUGGCUAUCUUCAAAAAGCACAUAGAGAAACAAGUCCAGAAGCAGCAGCAACAAAACAGACAACAGAAAGAAAAAGGUGCAGCGAAAUCUGGUUGUUGAACAGUGCAUUUUAGGGCAGCAUUAGUAUGCCACAUUAAUACAUAAGUGCCUAAAGAACUGUUUUCUUUGUCGUAUUCGUGUUCGCCAUCACCUUUGGUUUUUUGCUUUGUUUUUGUAUCAAUAACAUGGAAGAUGACCUAUUACGCAAUGUACUUAUGAGUGUUUAGAUUCAAUUCCGAAUAUUUAUUUCCAGUGAGACGGGUCUUCCAGCAAAGGGGCAAUGAAUUUGCUAUUUAAUUUCUUCUGUUAUUUAUAUUAAAGCGUCGUUGGCAGCUGUAAGAAAAGGUUGCCAUCAGUUUCAGAGAAACUUUCGAUGCUUUUCUUAGUAUUAUUUAUGUUUUGUAUGACCAUUAGACUUAAUGUUAUGAUAAUAGUAUUCUUAUUUUUAUUUAUUGAUAUGUGCUAUUAUAAAAUGCAUGUAUUAAAGGCGCUAAGGACGCCUUAGUAACGUGACAGCACGUAAAUCAUCAUAGGUUAUUCAUGUACAAAUAUUCUGGUGCUGGUCGCCAUCAUUUGUCUAUUUCCCAUUUUUGUUAAAGAUUUUCAUUGUUAUGUAUCACAUUAGAGGUAUUCUGACAGAAAAACGAAGAGUUUUAGUACAUUAAAUAAGUACUUAAUAUCAACACCUCUUUACAGCUGAAAAAAAUGCUCUUCAAAAUACUUUGCUUCGAUAUCAGCUAUGAUUUCGGAACAAUUAAAAAAAAAUCUGAUUUAAAAAGUAUAACAAAAAAUAUUUAAGAAUAACUUAACGCUACCGGUUCAAUAUUUAAAGAGUUGAAAUUCUAGCCAUAAAACUAUGAAAUCCUUUUUGCUACUACGUAAUCUAACUUUCAUUUGUUACUUAGUUUUCGGGAAUUUGAUAGGAUACACAAAUGUUUUUACGACCUCUGGUAGGUUUCAAGCCUCUUUAUUAAAAUCGAUUUUAAAAAAUCAACAGCUAAAUGCUGUAUUUUUGACCUACUAGGUCACUGGAUGUUUAAUGCCUUUUUCUACUUUUUACUCUCUCUCUCUCUCUCUAUAUAUAUAUAUAUGAUGUACCAGCUUUAGUCGUAGCUUAAAUUAACAGACGAUAAGUUUUAAUCACAUUACAGGAUUAAUCACAAAACAGGAUCCAUUUAUUAUUAUUCAGGGGAAAUGGCAAUUACAAAAAUCUGAUCUCCGGAGUAAAUAAAAAAGAAUUACUAAUAACUUUUUGCAUGAAGUUUACUGCAUCGUUACAUUAAAGAAAAGACCCCGAUAUUCCUUUGCGAGUCCUUUUAUAGCCUCUGGAAAGGCGGAGCUUUCAAGAAAUGACGUCAACCUCGUCAGCCGUUCCAGUUCGCUUUAAAUAUCUCCAGAACAUUCUAUAACUGUAGAAAAGGAGGGAAAAACAACUUGACUAUGGGGCUGUGGAUUUAAUUCCACGUACUUUCAAAUAAGAGACCGUCGCCAUUAAAAAUGAAAAGAACAUACAGUUAGAAUUUUAAGUGUAUUCUUGACUAUGGAAUUUUAUCAUUACAUAUAAAACUGUUUUUUUAUAACAAAAUAUAAUUAUGCUUAGUAUUCGCUCAUUAAGAUACUUGAAAAUUAUCAGUAAAGACAUAAAGUAAGAAAUUUAGAACUAAUUUUUCGCAAAAACUAAAAAUUGAAAUUCAUAAGUAAUAAAUUUUAAAUAAUCCUUUAAAUGCAAUAAAAAACUUUUAAAAUGUUAAAACCGAAACUUUUCAAUCAAGCAAUACCCCAAUUCCAAAAAUCGAAUUAAAUGUAAAAUUUAAAUUUCAUUUAAUUAAGCUUUAAAUGAAAUUUAAAGAAAAGCGAACUUAAUAGAAGAGGAAUUCGAUACACUUGAAUGCCACUUUGUCAGGAGGAGGAACAUUGAAAUCAAUUGAAAUCUGUCUUCCACAAAAAUCCUCACUUUUUUGUAUCCAUCCUUAUCUGGCCUUUAUUUCGACAGUCGUUGAUCGUAAUCAUAUGCAUCCAGUUACAGAAGUGUCUUAAAUGACAUGUUUCAUGCUUUGCAAUGUUUAAAUUUUUUUUAAUAAUUUAGAAUUUAAAAAAUUUGAAUUUAAAAUUUUUAAAUUCAAUUUAGAAUUUAAAAAAAAUUAGAAUUUUUUUAAUAAUUUAGAAUUUAAAAAAA